AUGGGAAAAAGAAUUAAAGAUUUUCCCCCCGUAGCCCGUAACGAAUCAAUGAAUUUGGUUUGUGGAAAAUCUUCACCCCCAGAGAAUUCAAUCGUGGAAUCUGAAGAAGAACUUUGCCAAAGUUCUUACAGAACUCCACAAAAAAGGCUUACACCACAAAAUGACGUACUCAAUGCUCCUAGGCGAAAGCUUUACGUACCAAAUGAUUUGCAAAGUAGACCUCUGACAUUUUCGCAAGAUAUUAACACUGAUAGUGAUGAAUACCAAACUCCGGUACGAAGCAUUCCAGCACCAAACUUUUAUCGCACUCACAGCACUCCUGAUCAAAGUUCCACUUCUUAUGGGAAUUUAAAUUCACCCAUGACUCCUGUACUGAGAAACCCAGCAGCAAACUCUUUUAGACGAGCAGAAUUUAAUUUGACACAUCCAGCCAUAGAAACAGAAAGUGAAACUGAUUACUCGCUUAAUAGGCUUCAGAAUAACUCUCUCGGUCCACGGGGAAAUCCAGAGGCAAACUCAUUAAGACGAGUCGCAAGAAAUUUGACAUACACAGAAACAGAUGCCGGAGAUUUGACAUAUUCCGUCAGAGAAACAGAAAGUGAUGCUGCAGAUGGUUUCACAUACACAGGAAUAUAUUCCAUGAAUCCAGAAAGCGAUUCUGAAUCAGAUGAAACAGAGAGUUCUGACAAUAUGAUUGACUUAAGGCCAGUAAGGAAUUUACACGUUGACGAUAAUCCAAUUGCAUAUGUCCAAUUCGAUGAAGCUCUCUACAGUGUGAAUCUUCCGCCACUAUUACCAGUAGGAACGGAAAGACCUCAACAACCCGAAUCCAUCAAUACAACUUGCAGAAGAGUGAUGGGUCCACAUACAAGAAGACCUCGAUUUUGA